GCCUUUAUCGCCUUGCUACUUUUAUUUUCGGUCGGUAAUUUCAGUUUAAGAAAGCAGCACAAGCGAUGGCGGUGAGCAAAAGCGCAAACACCUACAAUCGACUGAAUUGGGAAGAAGCUGAUUUCCCUAUUCUGUGUCAAACAUGCCUUGGUGAUAACCCAUAUGUUCGCAUGACCAAGGAGAAGUUUGGACGAGAGUGUAAGAUAUGUCAGCGUCCCUUCACCAUAUUCCGUUGGUGCCCUGGUGCUCGGAUGAGAUUCAAGAAGACAGAAGUCUGCCAAACUUGUAGUAAGCUGAAGAACGUCUGUCAGACCUGCCUGCUUGAUCUAGAGUAUGGUUUACCGAUUCAAGUCCGUGAUGCUGCCCUCAAUGUCAAAGAUGAAAUGCCCAAGUCUGAUGUCAACAAGGAGUACUACUCACAGAACAUGGAAAGAGAGUUGGCCAAUGUAGAGGGUAACCAGGCACUAGGUGCGGUAGGGAAGGCCCAAGCCCCCAGCGAUCUUCUUCUCAAGUUGGCUCGGACCACACCCUACUACAAGAGGAAUAGGCCUCAUAUAUGUUCCUUCUGGGUCAAGGGAGAGUGUAAGAGAGGAGAAGAGUGCCCAUACAGGCAUGAGAAGCCAACAGACCCAGAUGACCCCCUGGCCGAUCAGAACAUCAAGGAUCGUUUUUAUGGAGUGGAUGAUCCUGUCGCUGAUAAGCUAAUGAGACGAGCAGCGGCCAUGCCCAAGCUAGAGUCACCUGAAGAUAGGAUGAUCACUACGCUCUAUGUCGGUGGACUUGGAGACAAGGUCACAGAGGAAGAUCUUAAGGGUCACUUCUAUCAGUUUGGUGAGCUACGAAGCAUCAACGUAGUCCCCAAGCAGCAGUGUGCUUUCGUCACCUUCACCAACAGACUAGGGGCCGAGGCGGCUGCAGAGAACUCCUUCCAGAAGCUCAUCAUCAAAGGCCGAAGGUUAAACAUCAAAUGGGGGAAGCCCCAAGCCCAGCAGGGGUCUGGGAAGAAAGAUGAGGAAGGGGUGAAGGAACUGAACUAUGAACCGGUACCGGGACUGCCUGGAGUAUUACCACAUCCACCCCAAAUGAACCAAGGCAACGCACCAUUCCCUCCCCCGAUGCUUCCUCCCCUUCCAAUGAACAACCCUCCCCAUCCCCACCCCCAGUUCCGACCCCCUCCUGGGUACGGCAUGGGUAUGCCCCCACCCCCACGGUUACCCCCUCCCCCUCACCACAUGCCCCCAGGCAACAGGGCAAGGUUCCCCCCUCCCCCUCCAGGUGGGCCUCCCCCGAGGAUGCCCAGGUUCCCUCCACCCCCUCCCUUCGGGGGCAGGAGGGAUGGUCCCAUGCCACCGCAUAUGCGACACAGAAUGCCCCUGCCCCCUCCCCCCAAUGUGCCCCCGCCCCCAAGGUCACAGCAGGGUAGUGCGAAGCCCCCAGCGGUACAUUACCCCUCACAGGAUCCACAGAGGAUGGGGACGGGUGUCGAGGAAACGUCAACAAAAUCUUAGCAUUCUCCUUUGUUGGUGACCAGGUGGUGGGAGGGGCAUUUCAUAAAGAUUUUUUUCAAUGAUUUUUUACGGACUAAUUUUCUCUCGGCCAAUCAGAUGUGAGGGUUUUCAGGGGCUUCUUACAUCUUUCAGUGAAAAUCACUGACAAAACCCUUCAUGAAACACUCCCCAGGAUCCAACCUCAUCUUCAAAUAAUUCCUUAUUAUGAGAAGUACCACUAAUAUAGAAUAGUUGUAAGGUGUCCUCAAAGAUUUUUUAAAAUCAAAAUCAGGAACAAUCAAAUCAAAAUUGAGUUCAUUAUUUCCUAAACAGGGGCCCGUAACAUAAAGCUUAGUGAUUGAUCAUGGGGCCUCAUUCCAUGAUUGAUUGUAUUGAUUAUUGUGUAUGAACUAUUGUAAAAAUCAGCCCAACGAUCAGUCGCUAAGCUUUAUGUUACCGGGCCCUGCUCACCGCUAACCACUUAUUUUGUCCCAAGCACAUACAGAGAUUUUCAUUCCAUAUGCAAUCAAAAAUAUAUAAAAAAAAAUGAAAUUGGAGGGGAUAUAAAAUGGACAAAUCAUUUGCUUGGAUAAUUGUGAAAGAUUGAUCAUGUUGUCAAACUCUACUCUGAGACUUGAUGUACGUGCAUUACUUCCUAUUCAUCGUUUGUUGACACGGGCUUUUCCAUGAUUAGAUCACAAUUAGAUUCAUAGCAUGACUUCUGAAUACAUAUCGGAAUCCCAAUUCUCUGUCGAAAAAUGUGUGGAAUAUAGACCAAAUACUUCCUUUUGUUUCCAUAAAGGCAUUAAUGGAAACUUAGUAUAAUGAGAGCUGAUGAGGUGUUGCUGAUAUUUAAUGGAUAAUUAUUGAAUGUUCUAUGUUACGUCACUUGAUAUUUUAUUAUUCUGAAAACCUAAUAAGAUUCAUGUUAUUUUGAUGAUUGGAAGGACCUAAUUACACCGAGUUUCUACUGUACUUUCCUUUUUAUUGUCCAAUGGUAUACUGGUAUACAUACUCUAUUUUUAUGAAGGAAAUGUAAAGGUCAAAUCUGCCCCAACAAUAAUUUGUGUUGAAUAAAUAGAGAAAUAUCAAACAUAUCACUGAAAUUCAAUUAAAAAAAAUAAGAUGUGAAGAUGAAAAAUGUCACAUUUCCAUUUUUGCUUAUUUAAGAAGAAAUAAAACAUAAUAUGCACAUCAUGGGCAGAUGUGAAUGAGGAAACUGAUAUCACACAAUCUAUCUUUUGUAUUUUACUUGAAAUUUAAAUAUUUGAUAUCACUUAUACAUAAAGUAAAAUACAUAAGAAAUAGUGUUUUGAAAUGAGCAAAACUUUUUAAAAAUUCAAAUAAUUCUUUUUAUAUCCCAUUUCAUUGUUUGAUUUUUUUCUCUAUUCAUUUAAAUCAACAUGUUGAGGUAGACCUGACCUGUAAGAAUUGUUAGUGAAUUGAAGACAUUUACUCAAUUAAUAUUAAUCAUCGCACAUUGUGGUGGUCGUAUUAUAGUGUACAGUAACAACAUGCAACUUUAGAUCAUUUUGCCAGACAGUCAUACAAUGGGAUAUGCCUCUAUUCAUUCUUAAUGCCCUUUGUAGUUUAUUUUGGUAUUUUUUAUUACAGUAUUUCUGAUAUCUGACUGAUCAAUGUUAAUGUAACUACAAAUUGUACAUCUUGAUGAGAAAACUUUUUUUUUACUUCUCCAAGGAGGGGUGAAGAAAAUAUAAUUUCUCUCAUAAACUACCCGGUAAUAUGCUUGUUGGGGGGGGGGGUAGGUGACAUAAAGUUUACCGUGUAUCGGCUUUUUCAUUGCGUGUAAACGCGAUUAACUUGGAUCGGCUUUCGGUUCAGAAUCGGCAAUUUUGCACCACCAAAGUAGUAGGUUCAGAACCGCGAGCCGAUGCAGAAUCGGCUUUUUUUACUACGUGUAAACAGAAAGCCGUUGGAGCGCAUUUCAUUUACUUUACCAUUAUGACGUACUUCAAAGCGCACGGAUCCAGCGUUGUCUUUAUUAUGACGUAUAUUGUUGGUGCGUGGAUCAUUUCAGGUUUUUGACACGCGAGCUGAUUCUGAACCGCGAGUCGAUGCAGGGUGUAAAUGCGGUGAAAAAUAAACCCAAAAGCCGAUUCUGCAUCGGCUCGCAAAGCCGAUCACAUGUAAACACGGUAAUUGUGGCAUUAUGUAUGGCUUUGUGAGUGGAGUAGGAUAAGCCUAAAGUUGGUUUCCCGUUCAGUUUUAAUUGUAUUGAUAAAAAUGAAAUACUAUUCAGAUUUCAAUCUGCACUCGUAUUGCUAAAUCACAUACUUAUUUUGCAACAAUUUAAAUGGAAAGAGUUGCAUUUCGUUAAAAACUCAGGGCGAAACCAAUGGCUCUCAAUUAGGCUUGCCACAUUCUGGAGAGCAUUUCACCAACAUUUUUAUCUGAUAAUUUAUUAGAUCUGACAACUUCAUUGAUUUUGAUUGGCUGUAGAAUAUUCAAAGUACUACCGGUAAUCAAAUUAUUAACAAGUCAUUGAUAAUUAGUCACUACUUGGUAGCAUGAAAGCUGUUACAGUCAACCGCAGCCCAAUUCUAAUAUUUCUCGUCAUAUACAUUUUCCUUGUAUGGUAGUGGGGUUCCUAAAGCUACGCGGGUCCUAAAGCUGCGCACCACUCAUCUCGCAUGCAAUUUCAAUGGCAAAAUGCGCACUCUGUGUGUGGAACUGUGACUGCAGAGUGACAAACAAUUCCUAUUUAAUUUUUCUAAAGAGUUUGCAAUAAAUCACUAAAUGCAGAGAAAAUCAGCAACUGUUUGGAAUUUUUUAGUUCUAUUCACUUUAAUUUCAUAAUUAUAAAAAUCUCCACUUAAUUUAGAAAUUGAGGCACAGGAAAUGCUAUUUCUUUGCAUGAUAAAUCGAGUGUGUAGCUUCAGGACCCCUUCUACAUCAGGCAGCGAAAUCAUUAUCAAGAGGUGUUCGGAAAACAUCAGGAUUUUCACAUUAGUGAGUUUUGUAAUAUUUUCUUCUUGGUUUAAGGAUCUUUAGAAUAUUUAUCACAAAUAAGUGAAAGAUGAUUUGUUCAAAUAUGAAAAUUGGCAUUGUUUUUAUCGUUAGUAAACAAAAUGCGUAGCUUUAGGUUCCCCCAUCAUACAUGAAAUAGUGCUUGGGAAGUAUACGGCUGUAAGGGAUAGCUCCUACAUAGGUUCAUGUGCUGGUAUUACUGGUUGUAUUAUGGCAAACUUCACUCAAUAUCCCCUGAAGUUUGCUUUUAUCACUCCUUAUAAAUAGGCCUAUACAGGAAAGUCUCUUUAUGAAAUAAAGUUGUAAGUGUAAUUUAGAACUUGUAAAUAAAUGUCAGUUUUGAGACCAGUUGUACAAACCAAACAA